AAACAUUGAGUCCUUUGUCUCUUUUUAAGACAGAUGUAUUAUGGCUGUGGGUGUCAAUGGUCCCCUCUAACCCCUUCAACUAAAUAAUUACCAAAAAAAAAAAAAAAAAAAAAACUAAAACUGAAGACAGAAUAGAAACUGCCCUCUUCGGGAUUUACUCCCUCCUCUUCAUUUUUCUUUCUUUUUUUUUUUGGUGAAAAUGGGUCAGAGAUUUGGUGGGGAUUCUGUGAUCUGGGUUCUUGUUCCUGUUGGGUUUGGUGGCCUCUAGACGGUUCAAGAUUGUAUUUUUCUUGUUAUUCCCGGGAUUUAGUUAGGCUGUUUUUUUUAUAUAUAUAUAUAGAAUUUUGGCAUCAAAAUUGAAUUUUUAUGAGAGGGUUUUGGUGGGUUUUGGGGGAUGUGCAGCCUUGUGUGGCUUCUGAGGUUCAUUUGGCUGAUUUUUCAGCAAGCUUUUGAUCUUUGAGUCGAAAGCUGGUCUGGGUUUGUCUUAAAUUUUGGAGAUUGGCUCAGGAUUUUCAGUGUUUUUGGCUUCUAGGGUUCUUCUUUCUCUGAGGGCCUCUCUGUUGUAAACCCCCCCUUGGUCUGCAUGAAGCUGGGAUCGAAAGCCGAUGCCUUUCAGCGGCAAGGGCAGGCUUGGUUUUGCACAACCGGUCUCCCAAGUGAUAUCACUGUUGAAGUUGGAGACAUGUCCUUCCAUCUCCACAAGUUCCCUCUUCUAUCCAAGAGCGGCGUAUUAGAAAAACUGAUCAAAGAGAAAUCAAAAGAUGAAGAAGAGGAGGGUUGUAUCAUAACUCUAUCUGAUAUUCCCGGAGGUCCAAAGUCCUUUGAACUCGUCGCUAGGUUCUGCUAUGGCGUGAAGCUCGAGCUAACUGCUUCAAAUGUAGUGUACCUACGUUGUGCUGCCGAACAUCUCCAGAUGACUGAAGAAAUCGCAGAAGGAAACCUAGUUUCCCUAACCGAGAAUUUCCUCAACCAAGUAGUCCUCCGUAGCUGGAAAGAUUCACUAAAAUCACUUCAAACAUGUGAUGAGCUCCUUCCUUAUGCUGACGACCUCCACAUAGUGAAGCGGUGCAUCGAGUCUUUAGCAGUCAAAGCUUGCACCGAUCCAAACCUCUUUGGUUGGCCCAUGAUGGAGCGUGGGUCUAUUCAAAGCCCGGGUGGGAGUGUUUUAUGGAAUGGAAUUAGCACGGGAGCUAGGCCAAGGAGUUUUAGCUCAGAUUGGUGGUAUGAAGAUGUCUCAUCUCUUAGCUUUCCUCUAUAUAAAAGAUUGAUCUCUGUCAUGGAAUGUCGAGGUAUUAGCCAAGAGACUAUCGCUGGCUCGUUAUCGUUUUAUGCAAAGCGAUAUCUUCCGGGUCUCAACAAACGGCGCCCGGCUCCAAUGGCUUUGGCAGCGGCCCCCACCGAAGAAGAGCAGAGAGAUCUUCUUGAAGAGAUUUGUAAGCUAUUACCUCUUGAAAAAGGCGUGGUCUCGACUAAAUUCUUGUUCGGGCUUCUUCGUAUCGCUAUGAUCUUAAAAGCUAACGAUUCUUGCUUGUCUAAUUUGGAGGAGAGGAUAGGGAUUCAACUUGAUCAGGCUAAUUUAGAGGAUUUAUUGAUGCCCACAUUUUCGAACUCAAUGGAGACCCUAUACAAUGUUGAUUGUGUUCAAAGAAUCCUUGAGCGCUUCUUGGCUAUGGAUCAGGCGACAGGUGGGGCUUCACCUUGUUUGGUUGAAGAUGAACAGAUGAUGGCAUCGCCGUCUUUGACGCCGCUGACUACUGUUGCCAAGCUUAUUGAUGGAUAUCUUGCUGAGGUUGCUUCGGAUGUUAAUCUUAAGUUGUCAAAGUUUCAGGCCCUGGCUGCUGCGGUUCCUGAUUAUGCUCGACCACUGGAUGAUGGACUGUAUCGUGCAAUCGAUAUAUAUUUGAAGGCACACCCGUGGCUAUCAGAAUCCGAGAGAGAACAGCUCUGCCGACUUAUGGACUGCCAAAAGCUCUCUCUCGAGGCCUGCACCCACGCCGCUCAAAACGAGAGGCUCCCUCUCAGAAUCAUAGUCCAAGUCCUUUUCUUUGAACAGCUCCAACUCCGAACCUCCAUUGCGGGAUGCUUCCUAAUGUCUGAAAACCUCGAUGGCUCCAGACACUUAAGAAGUGGCGUCAUAAACCCUAACCCUAGCGAUGGAGGUGGAGGGUGGGCCACCGCUGUCAGAGAGAAUCAAGUAUUAAAGGUUGGAAUGGAUAAUAUGAGGAUCAGGGUUUCUGAGCUCGAGAAGGAGUGCUCAGAUAUGAAGCAGGAGAUUGAGAAGUUGGGUAAGGGUAAAAUUGGUGGCGGGUGGAGUAAUAUAUCGAAGAAGUUUGGUUUCAAGAUCAAGUCUCAGAUGUGCACUGCACAAGAGGGCGAGGUUAGCGAAAAUCAACGGAAUGAGAGUGGGAAGAUGGAGAAGCUUGUGCAAUCAAAGCUCACGAAACAUAGGAAGAACCUAUCGAUAAGCGAGUAAAAAUUCUAUCCCCCUUUUGAAAAAAUCAUAAGUUUUCUGCUUGGAGAGUGCUAAUUGUACUACAUCAGAUCAGUAUGGUAUUUGUAGUACAAUGAGCAUUUUGCCUUCUUGGUUCGCUUUUUCCCUUCUUCUGACAACCCAAGCUGUGAAUUAUCACUACCUUGUAGAUUUUCUUGAAGAUUGAUGUUCGAAGUGAAAUGGGCAUGAGUAGCUGAUUUUCUGUGUAACUGUAUGCUAAUUAACUGUGUGAACAAAAUGUCUUGUAUUUUGUCUGUUGAUUUGUAGGUACAUUGUUUUGCAACUGUUUGUAGAUUGGCCUCAGAUAAUGUACACCUAGAUCUUCAUCA